GUCCUGUGAAGCCACAACAAAGAGGGGGCUCCGCUUACACCCGCUGGCCUGGCUGUGCCGAGACAUGGAGCAUAGAGAGCAGAGGUCGGGGGGCCCCCAGUUUUCCAUGUGGAAGGACUAUCUGGGUUUACAUACCGCCCUGAAGAGCAAUCCACAAGAGGGGAGCCAAGAGAACUUCCAGCGGCAGGAGGAGCGUCCAGGGCCUUGCCAUGAAGGUACCACCUCGGAAGAGCCAGGUCGUGAUGGUGGCCACUCUGCUUCUCCAGGGAAGACCAUGCAGUGCACCUUCUGCAAGCACAAUGGAGAGCACUGGAGGGUGUACAGCGCGCACAAGCUGCGGGAUCGCGAUGGCACCAUCCUCUGCCCAGUCCUCAGAUCCUACAUCUGUCCUCAGUGCGGUGCCAGUGGAGACAAGGCACACACAAGGAGAUUUUGCCCCAUGACCAAGAAGAGCUACACUUCUGUCUACAAGACUGCAGCCAACUCUCCCAAGGCGCAAUGAGCCAAGGACUGUCUGCAGGCGUCUCCAGGGUAAGGAAUUUGGCAAGUUUAAAGUUUGGGGCAAAAAAAGAGACUGUGGCCAUUUUAGAUGUGUGCUGCAGGGGGAAGAAACUGGGGGCAUUUCCAUCCAACAGUGGUGCAGAAAAGGACAGGGGGGCAUUUCAAGCUGUGGUGUGGAAAAGGACUAAAGCGUUUUUAUCUUUGAUGGAGAAAAGGACUGAGGGCAUUUUUAUCUAUGGUGACUGAGGGCAUUUUUAUCUAUGAUGACUGAGGGCAUUUUUAUCUAUGGUGACUGAGGGCAUUUUUUAUCUAUGGUGCAGAAAAGGGACAGGGGUAAUGCCAACUGCUACCACUGCCAUCUACCAGCAGGACUAAUGCCAUCUGCCCUCAGAAAUGAAUUGGUGAUAAUUCCAUCUGGCAAAAGAAUGGAUCUGGGGUAAUGCCAUCUACCAGCAGGACAGGACUGGAGCUAAUGCCAUCUGCCCUCAGAAAUGAAUUGGUGGUCAUUCCAUCUGGCAAAAAAAUUGGACCUGGUGUAAUGCCAUCUACCAGCAGGACUAAUGCCAUCUGCCCUCAGAAAUGAAUUGGUGAUAAUUCCAUCUGGCAAAAUAAUGGACCUGGGGUAAUGCCAUCUACCAGCAGGACUAAUGCCAUCUGCCCUCAGAAAUGAAUUGGUCAUAAUUCCAUCUGGCAAAAGAAUGGGACUGGAGCUAAUGCCAUCUGCCCUCAGAAAUGAAUUGGUGGUGGCUGGGGGUAAUGCCCUGGGCCAACAGGAAAGGACUGGGGGAAAUGCUCUCCACCAACAGGAAAGGACUGGGGGAAAUCCCCUCUGCCAGCAGGAAAGGAUUGGGGGAAAUUUUAUCCUCCCUCAGCAAAAGAUUGGGGGUAAUGCCAUCUUCCCUCAAGUAAGAACUUCCAUCUGCCCUCAUGAAAGAACUUGCUGUAAUGCCACCUGCCAGCAGGAAAAGCCAUCUUCCUUCAGGAAAGGACUAUGAACACCAUCAGGGCGAUAUGCCUGCCCAGUGGUCACCGCCGCGCCCUUUAAUGGUUUAUUUUGCACUUUUAAUUAUUUAAUUAUUCCUGUUUGAGGAAUAUUGUAUUAUUGUUUUGUACACAAGGCACUGUUUUCCUGGAAACAAUUUAUUGGCACUGUU